AUGUUCCUUGCAUUCUUCAAUGUCUCUUUUAAUCAUCUCAGAGGGCCAAUUCCACAAGGGAGGCAAUUCGAUACAUUUCCAAACAAUUCCUAUGAGGGGAAUUUAGGAUUGUGUAGAGACCCUUUGUCGAAGAGAUGUGAAAACUCGGAUGCAUUGCAGCCACCACCAGUACCUUCGAAGUUCAAACAUGGUGAUCAUUCAUGGCUUGCAAUUGAUAAAAGUGAUUGGAUUGUGAUAUGCAUGGGCUAUGGAGGUGGGUUAGUAGUUGGGUUGAUCAUUGGGCACACUUUUGCCGCAAGGCUUUUCCACUGGAAGAGGUACAUCAAGGAAAUGAAGAACUUCAGCUCCAGCAUGGAGUUUCCACCAGCUAUCAGUCUGGUUGCUGGCGAAUACGAAGCGUUGCAAACUUCUGAUCAAGGGGACUCGACGAGGCAACCCCCCGCCGUCCCAAACGAUCAGGAACGCGUCACAGCGUUGGAACAACAGGUAGAAGAGGUGGACGACAAUGUUGCCCUCACAGCCUUUAUGGGGAGGACUACAGACUUCUAA